UUUCAUUCCUAGUUCUUGAUUAACGAAUGUAAUGUAAUGAGAUACGAUACCCAGGAGUUGCUUCAUCAGUCAGCUGAAGAUCCAUUCGCCAGGUUCGCAAAUGGUAUGGCAUAUCACCCAUUUCUGCAAUUGUCUCGACCCACUGACUUCAGCGUUUCCUCGCUGUUGACGGCGGGAAAUCAAACGACAACGCAGUCGGCCGUAUCUGUCGACUCCAGUGGCACUUCAUCGUCAUCCGGCUCAUCGGCCACCGCCGCUGCUGUCUUGCCUCCAGCUGCCACCUCACCGCCCCGGCACUUGGCCAACGUCCAACAGCAGCAACCAGCACAUCAUUUGGCCGGCAUUGCCGGUGGCCAGUCAUCGCCAGUUGGUGGUCAGCAACCGCCUCCACUGUCACCGGGCCAAGAAUCCCACAGCAACAAUAACAACAACAACGAAUCCUCGAAUUGCAUCGCAUCCCGACAACCUCCCUCAUUAUUGAACUGUUCCAACGAUAGCACCAACAGCAGUGAGGCCACAAAUCCUUCACGUGCCACCACAGCCACCAGCAGUAGCAACAACAACAACUUGCCGUCGGCUUUAUUGAGUGCCUCGCAUUUAGCUGCUGCUGCCGCCGCUUCAGCUGCUGCUGGCCACACCAUACCACCGCAUUCAUCACCUCAAGCUCAAGCCCAAGCGCCACCACCCACACAUCCACAUCACUCACCAGUACCUGGUCACUUAGGAUCGCAUUUGCCUCAACAGCCACCGUAUUUUCCAGCAGCUGCCCUGGCCGCUCUAGCCGGUAGUCCAGCGGGUCCCCAUCCGGGUUUAUAUCCAGGCCCGUUGCGUUUUCCACCCCACCAUCCACAUCAUCAUCAUCCGCAUCCGUUGGGCACAGCCUAUACGACAGCGGAAGACGUGGUCUUAGCCUCCGCCGUGGCCCAUCAACUGCAUCCGGCAAUGCGUCCCUUGCGUGCCCUACAGCCGGAGGAGGACGGUGUUGUGGAUGAUCCCAAGGUGACGUUGGAGGGCAAGGAGCUGUGGGAGAAAUUUCAUAAGCUCGGCACGGAAAUGGUCAUAACGAAAAGUGGAAGACAAAUGUUCCCGCAAAUGAAAUUUCGUGUAUCUGGCCUAGACGCCAAGGCGAAAUAUAUUCUACUGUUGGAUAUUGUGGCUGCCGAUGAUUAUCGUUAUAAAUUUCACAAUAGCCGCUGGAUGAUUGCCGGCAAGGCCGAUCCCGAAAUGCCCAAACGCAUGUACAUCCAUCCCGAUUCACCCACAACCGGUGAACAGUGGAUGCAAAAAGUUGUCUCAUUUCAUAAACUAAAGCUGACCAAUAACAUUAGUGAUAAACAUGGAUUUGUAAGUACUACGAUACUCAAUUCCAUGCACAAAUAUCAACCCCGGUUUCAUUUGGUGCGAGCCAACGACAUUAUCAAACUACCAUACUCCACGUUCAGGACGUACGUUUUCAAGGAGACGGAAUUCAUAGCUGUGACUGCAUAUCAAAAUGAAAAGAUAACCCAAUUGAAAAUCGACAACAAUCCUUUUGCCAAAGGUUUCCGCGAUACUGGCGCCGGAAAGCGGGAAAAGAAGCAAGCGUUACUCUCGAAUCGCGGGUCCGAUUCGGAUAAACUGAAUCCAACACAUGUCAGCAGUUCACGAGCCCCAUUGCAUUUGGGUCAUACCGGUCGGCCGCCACAUCAUUUACAUUCACAUCCCUCCAUGCAUGACAAUCAACAGGACGAUGAGGAUAAGCUGUUGGAUGUUGUGGGUCCGCCACAGAGCCCGCUACUGCCUUUAAGUCAUUCGCUGCAACAAAUGCAUGCCCAUCAACAUUCGGCCCUUGCAGCUUGGUUCAACCAUUUGGCCGGCGCCAGCGAUCAUGGCGGUGAUGAUGCCCUACGAAGACGCCUACAAUCGGACGAGGUGGAACGUGAUGGCAGUGAUUCGAGUUGCUCAGAAUCGGUGGGUGGCAGUACGGGUGGCGCUUUCCGGCCCACCUCUUCGGGUAGCCCUAAGGAGGGUGCCGGAGGCCUAGGUGCCGCCGGCUCCUAUCCCUCACCCAAUAUAUCCGUUGGCCCACCCAUUCAUCCAUCACCACACCUGUUGCCUUACCUCUAUCCACACGGUCUGUACCCGCCACAUCAUUUGGGUUUGCUGCAUAAUCCCGCUGCAGCGGCGGGUCUCAAUCCUGGCCUCCUGUUCAAUGCUCAACUUGCUUUAGCCGCUCAGCAUCCCGCCUUAUUUGGACACUACUCAGGACACACACCAGCCUCCCCACUGCAUGGUCUCAAGGGACAUCGUUUCUCGCCCUACACCCUGCCCGGUAGCCUGGGUUCGGCCUUUGAUGCCGUAACGCCCGGUUCGAAUGCCAAUCGCUCAGGUUCCGAAUGCCCGGGCAUGGGCAGCAGUGGCACUGGCAGUGUUGAUAAUGGGCCUCGCAGUCUCAGCUCUAGUCCAAGACCACGUGCCUCCUCACAUUCGCCUCCGACGCGGCCAAUAUCCAUGUCACCCACCACGCCGCCCUCCCUUAUGAAACGUACCAACUCACCGUCAGAGCUCAAAUCGAUUGAAAAUAUGGUCAACGGGCUGGAGGUGCAGCACAAUGGCAGUGCCUGCAGUACCAGUGGGUCGAUGGAUGAUUUGCACCGUAAAUCGCCGGGGCUGCACGGUGGGGAUCAGUGACAAUUGUAUGACCGGGACGACAACGAUCGCUCUUCGGUCAUAGAUCUGGAUGAUGUGUGACAAGUUAGCUAUUCGUUGCAAUUGCAGCCCGUAAUAAAUGCCUGGCGUCAGAUCAAUGGAAUCGAUAACACCACCACCACGACGAAC